CUCAAGAACGACCAAGUUCUGCUCGAGAAGCGUCUAUGGGACGAACGGCAGUCGAUCCAGAAGAGGCACGAAGAAAAGGUGAAAAUUGCCAAGACCAAAGCGAGCAUGAUUGGCGUGUCACUGGCAAAGUUUGAAGCCGACAGUAUGACGGACGCUUUCCGCAGGGAGUUACAGCAGUUCGAUAGAGAACGAGUGCUGCCAGCAUGGGAUGGGCUCAUCACAAAGCAGCAGCAGACCCUUGAAUCACUAGGGGUCCCCAGCAUGUUCCCGACCGAGGACUCGACCGAGAGACAGAAGCAGCAGAGGGUCAUCCAGGUCGUGAGUGAGGUGGCCGAAUGA